AUGAAGGACUAUUCGCAGCGGCGGGCCUGUGCCCUGGUCGGCAUUGCGCCGCGCGUCUUCCGUUACCAGUCGAGCAGGCCGGACGAUGCCGGUCUGCGACAGCGCUUGCGGGACCUGUCAUCGGAACGGCGACGGUUCGGCUAUCGCCGCCUGCACCUGCUGUUGAAGCGCGAAGGCGUGGCGGUGAACUGGAAGAAGCUCUACCGGAUUUACAGGGAAGAGCGUCUGACGGUUCGAAAACGCGGCGGCCGCAAACGAGCCUUGGGUACGCGAGCGCCAAUGGCCAUUCCACAGGAUCCAAACCAGAGAUGGUCACUCGACUUCAUGUCGGACACGCUGGUCGAUGGACGCCGCUUCCGCAUCCUGUGUGUCAUCGACGACUUCAGCCGGGAAUGCCUGGCGACCGUCGUGGACAACUCGAUCUCGGGCGAACGUGCCGCUCGCGAACUGGAUGCGAUCGCCGAAAGGCGCGGCUAUCCCUGCAUGGUUGUCAGCGACAACGGCACGGAGCUGACCGCAAAUGCCAUGCUCGCCUGGCAGCAGAACCGCAACGUCGAAUGGCAUUACAUUGCGCCCGGAAAACCGAUGCAGAACGGCCUCGUGGAAAGCUUCAACGGCAGGCUGAGGGACGAGUGCUUGAACGAGCAUCUGUUCCGCAGCUACCGCCAUGCCCGGCAGAUCAUCGAAAAAUGGAGGAUCGACUACAAUCUCAACCGGCCACACACGAGCCUCGACGGGCUCACACCGAACGAGUUUGCAACCCGGUCCGCAAUGGACCACAACGUGAACAGGGCUAACCUAUGA